AUGUGGCAAGAAAUGAGAAAACAUGAGAAGAAAUUACGUGGAAUGAUUGUUGAUUAUAAAAAACGAUCAGAAAGGAGAAAAGAAUAUUAUGAAAGAAUUAAACGUGAUCCAGCAGAAUUCUUACAGAUUUGGGGUCGUCCAGCUAAAAUUCAUCUAGAUCCAUCAAUAGCAAUCGCUGCAGAAGCAACAUUAACCCCAUGGCGUGAUGAUGAAACAACAAUGAUUGAUCGAUUUGAUGUUCGUUCACAUUUGGAUGUAAUUGAUGAAUAUGCUUUAAAAAGUCAACAGAAUCAACAAGGCUUCGAAUCACUAUCUGAAAUAGAACAAAAUGAAGAACGCGUAUGCAAUUAUGAACGUUAUCGAGUUUUAAUUCAUAAUGAAUCAAAUAGUGUUAGCGAAGAACAGUGUUUACGUGAUAUUGAAUUUGAUGAAAAAUUUGGUGCACUUCGAGACGAUCAUCAUCCAGCAUCGAAAGAGGCCAAAAAGAAAAAAUCAACGACAAAAAAAGCAGAAAUCGGUUUUGUAUACGAUGAUGCACCUGCCCCAACAUCAACAAAAAAAUCAACAGCAGUCGAUAAUAGUGAUGAAAGUGAUGAAGAUGACAAUGAUGAAGAUUUAGAUUUGGACAUUGAAAUCGAUAUAACACAAUUGACUAGUGAAAAUAAAGCAUCAUUAAACAAAGUUGCUACACAUUAUGGAAUGGCAUUUGGAGAUUUUGCACGAAUGUUAAUAUUGGAUCGAGAAGAAAUGCAAGCUAUUAAAGACAAUAAAUUAGAACGAGAACAAGAUAUACCUGUGAAAGGUCGUCGAGCUCGUCGUGAACGUCGUUUGGCAAAAGAAAGACGCAUUAAAGAGCGUGAUUUUUGUCCGCCGAGUUAUCUAAGUCGUGAAAUCCCGAAAUUACCUGUUGUGAAAGCAAAAUCUAAAUCUCGAUCACCAUCACCUGUUGAUACAACACCAUUAAAAGAAAAGAUUGAAUUUAUUACAGCAUUUGGUGAUGAUGAAACAUCAAAAAAUAAUGAACUAAAACGAAAAAGGCCUUUCGAAAAAUCACUACUGGAUGAAUGCCGUGAAGCGAAAAAGAAAGCUGAACCAACUACUAUUCCAAUAAAAGUUCGUCGAUUGGUUACGCCACCACGAUUGCCUGCACCAACAACAUCAAUUGUUCCAUGUCGAUCAGUUCAACGAAAAAGUCAAGUUUUUUUAUCUACAUUACAAAAAUUAAAAGAAGAUUCAUCACCGGAACGACGAGUAUUAUCAGAUGAUGAAAUAUCAGCAGUAAAAGUAGUUCGAACGGAAAAGAAAGAAGAAAAUAAGGAUAACGAUGAAGAAGACAAUGAAGAUGAAGAUGAUGAUGAUCUUCAACAAUAUCUUAAACGAAAAGAAGCUCGACAACGUAAUCUAAACUUAUCAAUAACACCAAUAAAUCAUAAAGAACAAAAUAGUUCUAAUGAGUCAACAACACUAGCAACUAAAGUUUCAAUGAUUAAAACUCCUCAAGAAAAACUUCGACGUCGAAUGCAAAGUUUAUUGAAAAAACAAUUUCAAAAAGAUAAAGAUCUACAACGUGAACGUCAACAGAGAGAAGAAAAAGAACGUGAAGUUCGUGAAUCUGAGUUACGUCAAUCAUCAAGUAAACUGCGCCAUCGUCGUUCACGAUAUCAUUCGGGUAGUCGAUCAAGAUCAAGAACAAGAAGUCAUUCCCCAUCUUCCCGUCGUCGACGGCAGCGAUCAUCGUCACCCUCGUCGUCAUCAUCAUCGUCGUCGUCGUCUUCUUCAUCGUCAUCGCGUCAUUCAUCAGACAAUCGAAAGAAAAAACGAGUAUCGCCAGUAAAACCUCGCUCACCAACACCGGAGUUUUUGAGACAGCGUUUUCGUCGCAAUUAUCGUCGUCGUGCAUCAUCAUCAUCUUCUUCGGCAUCUUCAUCAAGGUCCGACAGAAGUUCAUCGAAGAGGAAACGAACAGAUUACAAAUAA